AAAGCACAAGUGUGGUCAGUGGCGAGGAGGGCGCUGGGCGGCAUCGCCUUCUCCCUGUCCACCGGGCUCUCCGUCAGCGUGUUCUUCCUCCAGUUCCUGGACUGGUGGUACUCCUCGGAAAACCAGGAGACCAUCAAAUCUCUGACGGCGCUCCCAACUCCUCCGCCCCCCGUGCACCUCGACCGCGGGGCCGCCUCGGCUCUCUUACCCAAGCUGAAGACGGUGUGUCCUCUGUGCCGCAAAAUCCGCGUCAACGCCACGGCCCUGUCCACCUCCGGCUUCGUGUUUUGCUACCGCUGCGCGUACGGUUACGUGAAGGCUCACCAGCGCUGCCCGGUCACGGGCUACGCCACCGAGCUGCAGCACCUCGUCAAGCUGUACUGUCCCGAGAGCUGA